AUCACACACAGUGAGAGCCGAGAGCGCUUUCUGUCUUUCAUUCAUCCCGGUGAAGCUGCUCACACUUUCUUCUUCUCUUCUCCCCCCUCCCUCUUUCCUCCCUUACGCUGGUGCAGCUUACUUUGUUUUUGUUUUUCUUCCUCGGUGCCUUUCGGUCGGAGUAGUGGUGGAUGAUAUCAACAGAGCCCCGUUUCUUCUCGGCUGCGCGAUAGUACGGACUACAGAGGAGUCGGUAGAGGACACGCGCAUCACGACAGAGAGGGAGUUUUCUCUUCUUUCUUUUUUUUUGGAGGGUACGGCGCGAUUUUAAACAAGAAAUAUAGACGACAUCGGUGUUGAAGAGCACCCUUGCUACGGACGCUCCACCUCACAAGCCUCCCGUUAAGUUUUGACGGAUAUUACGGCACAGGUGUUUAAGGAUUAAACACCAGGAUUUGGCGAAUGGUUGUCGGAGAGGAGUCGCUGCCUCUGCGCAAGUCUCAGAUGAAGAUGAAGUCGUCGGGCGUCGUGGACGGAGGCUUGUUCACAGAGAGCUACUGUAACAUCUGCAAUGCCCAGCUCAUCUCUGAGUCGCAGCGCACCGCUCACUACGAGAGCAAGAAGCAUGCCAACAAGGUACGUCUGUUCUACAUGCUUCACCCUGAAGAUGGAGGACCACCUUCCAAGAGACUGCGGCCAGAUAACCCAGACUGUGCAGAGACAGAGGUGGACAGGAACAAGUGCUGUACGCUGUGUAAUAUGUUCUUCACAUCCGCCAUUGUGGCCCAGUCGCACUACCAAGGCAAAACCCACGCCAAGAGAGUCCGCCUGGUGCUGGGGGAGCAGCCCAGCCUGCCGUCGGCUAUGACCAGCCCCACAAACACAGACUCCUCUCCUUCUACCCCGUUGCCCGCAGACCCAGCUGCGUGCCCAACUCCUACCCCUGACCUGGCAUGGCCCCUGGGGGUGGUCGGGGGAAACGGUGGAAGAGAAGCCGGGAAGUACUGCUGCCUGUGCGGCGCCUGGUUCAACAACCCGCUGAUGGCCCAGCAGCACUACGAGGGCAAGAAACACCGCAGAAAUGCAGCCAGAGCACGCCUCCUGGAGCAGCUAGCGGGCAGUCUGGAUGCCACGGAGAGCACAGGGUUGCGCAGUAGUUACUCUUGCAGUGUCUGCAGUGUUGUCCUAAACUCUAUCGAGCAGUACCAUGCGCACCUCCAGGGCUCCAAGCACCAGAACAACCUGAAGCAACACCAGCAGUAAGCCACGGAGACAGGCCACUCUGGAAAGAAGGAAAGCUGAAGACCGAGAUUAUUGGAAUAAAGAACUUCAGAAGAAAGGACUUGUGUCAGAAACCGAAGAGUCUGAGAAAGUAGUGCAGAGUAGCAAACUUCAGUGUGUGCGUGUGUGUGUGUGUGUGUGUGUGUGUGUGUGUGUGUGUGUGUGUGUGUGUGUGUGUGUGUGUGUGUGUGAGUAUAUAUGUGUGUAUAUGUGUGUAUGGGUGUCACAGGCAUUCAUACAUGCACCCGCAGUAUGCAUGUGUGGGUCAUUGUGAGAGCGUUUCUAUAUUUGAUCUAAAAAUAUAUAUCUCGGAGGUUUAUUCAGCACCUAAGUGUUUAAUACCUCAACACAAAUAGCCGCCAGAAGACUUGCGGCUGAAUAUUGCCAUAUAACUCCUGUGUGAACCACAAUCCUAAAAUCUAACUGAUGUCAGUGCGUUGCCCAGAGUGGUAAUAAUCCUUACAAUGAUAGUCAUACAGCAGCAGUAAUAAUAACUCUGUAACUAGCCGCCCCACCAAGUGCUCUGACAGUGAUCCAAGUUUUUUACCUUCAUUCUAAAUGCAUUUCAUAUACAAUGAAAGUGGCACAGGCAUGGCUCACUUUCAGACCACUUGAGACCUACUCAGGCCCAGACCGUUAAAUCCAAGGAGAACGAAAUUCCGUCGUAACAGUUUUUCCAAUUUCCACAAUUAAGAAAGGACUUUUUCUCUUUUUUUUUUACGUUCCGUUUUCUAUAAUGUGGAGGCAUUGUAUUUCUUUCAAAUGGUGGAUGUGGCAUUUUGAAGACCAUCUUUUGUCAAGUGUUCCAUAUAAUCAAAGGCUUGAGACGUGGCAUGGUUACAGUUCAGAGUUAAGAAAAGCAGCACAAAGACUUUUAAACUCCUGCUCCGAGGUGAGGGUCUGUGCAUCUUUCUGAAUCAUCUACUUUUGAAAACAUUCCCACAGCACUGAAUACUGAUGUCAGGUGCAGUCUGGAGCUGAAACUAAUUCUCUUCUCUGUUGAGAUGGGCAACGUGUAGAUAAUAUUUUUUUAUUUUUCUGUUGCUAUGACAGAGAAAAAAAAACUGCACUCCCAAUCAAUGUAGCAGCAAAUGUACAAUACAACUGGGAUGUAAUUCAAUGCAUGCAAAAUGUAAAGCGUUGCAUUCACUUGCCUUUUUGAAAACUAUUGCUUGCGCGUUUUGGCAAUAGCGCUGCUUUCUAGUGAUAGCUUCGUAAUGCAUUACUGCACAUGCUUGCUCCUGAGCAAAGGGGUCACCUUUUAGUACUGAACUGGCUUCAUUUCAACAUCUAAUUCAUUCAUCAGAAACCUUUUGAUACCUAGAAAUUUGAGCAGUCACCGCUGUAUAACACUCCUUUUCUGUAGUCUCGUUGGAGCGUCUGUAAAGUGAGUUUCUGAGAUGGUUUGUGGCAUCAUAAGAUGGGCAAACGGAAGACAAUCCACUUUACUGCGCUGGCACUCAGCAGCUUUCUCUGUAAGCUGGGGAAGGACUGAAAACACAGCACGCGAUGCAAAGCCAGCGUCUGGAAGUUUUUCUUGGCACAAGCUCAGUUUUGUUUUUUUUCUGUGACCAUAUUAAGUAUGUUUUUAUUUUGUACUAUUUUCAUUUGAGAUGAGGGGAGGGGACUACCAGAGACCUGAUUGUUUUUCUUUUGCAGACAUAUGGAUGAGCAAUGGUUUUAUGCAAAUCACACUAAAAUAUAAACAACCAUGCAAUGAGGGUUUGAUGUGAAAUAGUUUAAUUUAAUGAAGAAAAAAACAGUUUAUGUAAAUAGGCAGUAGCUGCAGGUGAACUUUGUGUUUUAAAAAGUACAAAAGUUUUGUAUUUAUAGUGUUUAUCUGCACUGAGUUAAAGGGAUAUAAGGGAAAUGUGUUUCUUAUGGAUAUUAUUGAAAAUUACAAAUGUGCUGGCACUGAAAUGAGA